UCAAGUUUACCGAUGAAACAGAAAAUCUAAUCGAUAAUGAUGAUUAUGAUCAACAAAGAAAAUUUCGAAGUCGAAAUAAAGAUGAAUCUACAAAUGUUUUGACAACAAAAUCUUCGAUUAUUGAAUCACCACAAUCAUCAUCAUCAUCAUUUACAUUUUCCGAUUCAUUAUCUCAACAUAAUUCAUUGAAUAAUGAUGAUGAUAAUGAAAAUUUUAUAUUUCGUCAUGAAUGGAAUUUUACCGAAGUAAAUCUAGCAAAUAGUCAUCUAUUUUAUAUUCGAACAAAAUAUUCAUGUUCAACACCACGUGCUAAAUUGAUAAAAGUAUUGGAUUAUCAUUCAUCACCAUCAAAACAAUAUGUACCAAGAUGUACCGUACUGCAUAGAUGUGAUGAAGAAAGUGGAUGCUGUGAAGAUGUGACUCAUCGCUGUGAACCAAGUAAAACACAAUUAAUUGAAUUAUAUUUUCAUGUAAUUCGUUCCGAUAUGAAAAAUAAUAUAACUGGCGGUAAUGCUGUUGGUAUUGAACGGUUAACAUUUUUAAAUCAUACACAUUGUGAAUGUAAACCAAUCAAUUAUAUGCCAAGAAGUGUACAAAUUCGACCUCCAUUACGUUUAAUGAGCUCUGAUGGUGGUCAACAACAAGGUCAUCCUUAUCAUCAUCAUCGUCAUCAUCAUCAUAAUCAUCAUCAUAAAUGCAAACAUGUCAUCAAAUGUCCUGAACCAUUUAUACAAAGAUUUCGUGGUUCAGAUCAACGUUGUAUUUGUGAUUGUGUUCAUCAAACAAGCCAAUUUAAUGCCAAUAAUAAUAAUGAUGAAAAAAUUUCCUAUAAAUAUUGUCUUAAAAUUCAAGAUGGUUUUGAAAAAUUUGAUCCAUUUCAAUCUAAAUGUAUACAAAAUGGUGAAUGUUCUGAACCUAUUUGUUCAUUUGGUUUACGAUUCAAUAGAACUGAAUCACAAUGUUUAACACCACAGAAAUCAGGUGUAUGGUCGAAUUAUAAUCAUAACAACCACCAACUGUUACAGACUAGUUUACAUUCAUCGUCAAAUAAUCAUCAUCAACAACAACAACAACAACAACAUCGUCAUGACCUUCAAUAUCAUAAUCAUCGUUAUGGAUAUCAUCAUUCUCGAACUACCUUCAGUAACCUUAAUGACCAAAGCAUAGUUUGAACAACAACAACACCGAAAAAAUCGAUGGUAUAAGAUUCUUGUCAUUCUAUUAUAUCGUGUUCAUCCAAUUCAAUAGCAAUCAAAAUAAAAAUAAAAAAACCAGAAAAAAAAUCAUUUCC